UUGAAAACAGCAAACCGGAAGAGGUGCUGACGCAGGGUUGUUGCUGACAACGGUCUACGUUGACUUCAGACGCCACAAAGUGAAUCGGUUGUAAGAGAGCGGCUGGAUUAUUACGCUUGUGCGUGUAUGUUUGAGUGAGCUGAACAAAGACAUCGCUGUGCCGUCUGUGUGUAUGUGAGAGCGCACGUGUGUGCGAUGUCUUCAGAACUGCUGGUAGAUGUGGGCGACGACUCUGCAACGGCGCAGCUAGGACAGCUGAAGCUGACUACCAUAGAGGACCAGCAGUGGCCCGCUGACGAGUCUUUCCUCAGCAAGUCAGAGGCAGAUGUUUCCCAGCAGUUUGACGCCAGCUCUCCACACCUGCCCUGGGACCACCCUUUCUAUGACAUUGCCAGACAUCAGAUCAUCGAAGUGGCCGGUGAUGACAACUUUGGCAGGAAGGUGAUCGUGUUUAAUGCCUGCAGGAUGCCUCCGCAGCACCAGCUGGACCAUCAUAAGCUGCUGAUGUAUCUCAAAGGAACCCUGGAUCAGUAUGUGGAGAGUGACUACACUGUGAUCUACUUUCACCACGGGCUGACCAGUGAAAACAAACUUUCCUUCAGCUGGAUACGGGAUGCAUACAGGGAGUUUGACAGAAAGUACAAGAAGAACAUCAAGGCCCUGUACAUCGUCCAUCCCACCAUGUUCAUCAAGACUCUGCUGAUCCUCUUAAAACCAAUUACAAGCUUUAAGUUUGGCAGGAAGAUCAACUAUGUGAGCUAUCUGAGUGAGCUGGAGGAUGUGGUCAAGUGUGAUCAGCUGGUCAUUCCUUCCCGCGUCAGAGAGUAUGACAACAAAUUAAGAGCAUCUCUGAAACCCACCACACAGCCCCCCAUGUCUCCUCCUCACAGCCCUCCUCUCCCCAGCCAGGUGUUUGGUGUGCCACUAACGCUGCUCAGACAGAGGGAUCCAGACGGCGAUCCAGUUCCUGUGGUGAUGAGAGACACCGUUGGCUUCCUCUCAGAGCAAGCUGUGUCCAGUGAGAGUCAGGUGACAGUAAUGAAGACGCUGGUAGAGUCACUGCCGGAGGAAAACUACGCAUCGCUGCGAUACCUCAUCACAUUUCUGGCACAGGUAUCGGCCAACAGUGAGGUGAAUAAGAUGACCAACAGUAACCUGGCUGUGGUCUUUGGUCCCAAUCUGCUCUGGGGGCGGGACAACGCCAUGUCGCUCAGCGCCAUUGGACCAAUCAAUAACUUCACGAGAACCCUGCUGGACCAGCAGCAUCUGGUGUUUGCUUAAUGUCCAGCCCUCUGCUCUGAGCUCUUUCUGCCAAUGUGAAAUGCCGCCGAGACCCUCCUUCCCUGCAGCAUUUAGCCUUUAGCUUACCUUAGGAGCAUCAUCAAAGUACUCAGACAGGCCUGACUGUCUCUUACAUGCCGCGCACAUUUAAAAAGAUUCAGUGGACCAAGUUAUUUGUGUGUCUCCGGUCGUUCUGAGCGUCCUGUUAUUAUGUCUGGCAACUUCUGGCAUUUCUAUUUGACUCCAAGCAUGAAAACAAGUGGAAACAGCACACGUGUUAGAGCUCAGGCAAAUAAAAAUAAUGUGAGCAAAAAAUAACAGAAAACACUACAAAAUGCAACCGAUGGUAAACAAGAAAGAUCCAGAUCCCCAGUUUUGUUACAGCGUUAAAUUAGAGGCUGUUCACGUAUCACAGCAUGAAACGCUGCGGCCCUGCGUGAGUGGUGCUCCACUGUGAGCCGUGAUAACUCGACAUCACUUUGCAUCAUGAAAUCCCACAAACACGUCACGAGUACAGAUACAGACGUGCACGCUUCCCUUCCUUUAAGUCAGUGUAGUGCUUCCAGCAGUCUCCACGAGCACAACAUGAACCUGAACGAUGACGUGAAGUCGUUUCAUGCGGGUCUCAGGCCGGCACACUAUAAAGAGCUGCAACACUGGGGGAGGGGGACAUAAAUCUGAAAUCACUACAUGUGUGUGAAUGCAGGGCUAGUCAUUUGCUGCCAUGUGCUUCUCUACCACCCCGAACUGCUCCGUCCAUGCCUCCGUCACUCCUACCUGCACGCGUUCAUAUCUAUAUUCAGCCCUGCAUCGCUGCCCUGCUUCAACAGCGGCUGGUUUGCAUCUUUUAUCUCUGUCAGUAGCAGCUGGUCGUGUUGUUUUCUAUGUAGUGCCAAAAAGGCGUUUCACCUGUGUUACCAAAUGUUCUUUAGAUUCUGAUUCUGCGCUAAAGAGAGGGCUGAUGAGGAGAGUGGAGGCGUGACUCAGGGUAACGUCAGAAUGGUGAACUCGGUACCGAACUUUGUGGACAAUCUAUGAAAUGCUGUACUUGGAGUGGCAGAAACCAGCCACAGCUGUGCACGUGGAGUCUUUCUCUUCCUUUAUAUGACUUUAAUUUUACUAAUAGCAGUGUCAUUUGGACCUGUAGCUGGUGUCCCGGGUAAACGGCACACUACAAAAGUGUGCUGAGUGACGGCUUCACACUCGGCACUCUGCGGGUUUGGUGACAAAGUGUAGAUGUGACUGCGCUCCCUGGAGUGACGCCGUUGUUGUUUAAAUUACAGGGAGACGGUCGGUACGUCGGGCAUGUGGUGGACUCCCACAGGCCAGCGUCUCUGCUGCCCUCUGUGCGACUGAUUGUGCGAGCAGACGUGAUGUGUGCUCAUACAAUCAGUAAUAAUAUAAGUAGUAAUGGAUUCAUGUUUUGUGUACAUAAUGAAUGAUUUUGGGUGUCUGAUUUCCUGUGAUUGUCCCAAAUUUAAUUAAGUAGAAGUACCUGAUACUGAGGCUUACUCUGUGUACCGUUUCAGGCUUUGAACUACAGGAGUCUGUCCAAGUUAUGUGCUGGUUUUUGGCUCGGUGUUUGUGGCGCAGUGCUGUGGUGUGCUGCACAUAAUCCACACUGAGCAGUGCAGUUAACAGACCCCACACGCCUCAGAGGGCACCGGGGCUCCAGGCCAGCUGUUCGUCCAUUUGUUUGUUGAGUAUUAAUGUAGGAUAUAGACGCAUUAGAUCAGAGCUGUCUAGGAUGAAACACACCCUUUGGCCAAUCACAAGCCAGUAUUCCUUUUAGCUAUUGUGUUUUCUUUAGGAGCAGGCGUAUGAGGAGCAUGCAGCAGGAGUGUAACCCGUCAGAAUCGGCUUUUACUCUCUCCUCUGUAGUGAGAGAGGAAAGUGUGAACCCUUUGAAAUGAUUUAGUUCUUCCUAAACCCAAAGAUGAAUCCGUCCCUUAUAGAGUGCAGCCAACACGAGCGGUGGCUGAUCGGUGUGAUUGUUUGAGCAGCUCACAGCCUCCUGUUAGGUGAGCAGCAGCCCCCGUCCUCGGCUUUUUGAGCGCAGGCACUGGAUGCACACAGGUGACUGUGGGCUCUCGCAGAGGUUCCCGGGUGCAACUGUAUGGCCUCCCAAAGGCUGCAUUGUGUUCUCAUUUAUCUCACGGUUCAGCAGUGAUGCACAGACGCUGUGGGGAGUUGGUUGGGAUGUCUUUGCUGUUGAGGGUUUCACUGUUAUCGCUGCUUUCACAGCCUCCAGCACAGCUACAACUUUCCUUAAUGAGGGUUUUAAUUUCUGUGGCUAAAUGAGAACUGUGUGGCCGUAACAGAGGCCUUAAGCUUCCUGCUGCAUUUUUCAUUGCUCAUGUUCUUUCCUGUAAUAAUCACCUGUGAUUCCUGAGAAGAACAUUAUUUCUGCAAGUCUCAGUUUUCGUCCUCAGUCUGUUUCCAGAGUCUUGGUGUAAAGGACAGCCUCACAGUGAUUACAGCACCUGCAGUAGUUACCUUUGACACGUUGUCUCUUUCCUUUAGUCAGCCAGUUUCUAAAGACUCAAAACAAGCUGUUCAACUAGAUGUCUUUCAUUGCAACAAACUAUCAGUGGGUAAAUAUUGGUGUUGUGGUGUUCCUGUAACGAUGUGACUGAAAAGCACCAAAACAGUCCGAAUUUCAGUUUGACUGAAGCUGAGAGCAAAAACGACAACAAAAAGUGUUUACCUGUUUUUAUGCCACAGUGACGUGGGUGUGUGUUUGUGUGUACCAGUGCAGAUGGGUUUCACUGCAGACGAGGGCUGCGUGCGUGAAUGUUGUCAGGUGGUGGCAUCUCCGUUUUUUAAUGGUGUGACGUAGUGAGACAGGCCUUCCUGUUUGACUGUGAGUCAUCUUUGAUCUGUUCAAAAUAUCUGUGAAACACAAAAAGAGCGAGCCAAGCAGUUUCUCUGAACCUUAAAGCUAGUGGAGAUGCACUUUUUAAAUAGUCUGUGUGUGUUUGUGCGUGCUCGUGCCUUAUUUGUUUUCCCCGCGUGGUCAUGUGAUUAGCCAUCUAAGUGCCAGUGUGAUCAUUCUGCCAUAGAUUAAAUAAGACGGGGUGCGUUCAACAAAGCUCUGGUGUUUGCUGGUGUUCAGAGCAGCCCGUGACGCGUGCGGCGUGGCCCCCACCCAAACGCUGACUUUGUUGAGAGCAGCUCAGCUGUAAUGGGCGACGGCAGACUUGAGGAUUUGUCUUCGUUACAAAAUCGAGCUCGAGUCUGAGCUUCGAGUGUAAACCCACUCGUCUGAUCUUCUUCUCACAAAACUCGGUUUAGUUUCGUUUUCAGGUUUUAAGACGGCGUAGCUGAAAGUCAGCAGGUGAGCGAGACGGGUAAAAACGCUUCCUUUUCUAACCCCACUGUAAAGCUGUCAGCUGUGUCCCGUGUUCCUUUCCCGAAACGCUGAUUCUUCUCAACUCUGCUGAUCCGUUACAGCCUCUCUAAUCUAUGGGUCUUUGUACUGUAACUGUUGUCAUGGUGACAGUGAACUUCUCUAACGGAGGAAUUCAUUGGUUCCCAGGCUGAUUUAUUUUUACUUAGUGACCUUAUUUUCUUAACUCCUUUUUUUCAUCCUCUUUUGAUAUGUUGUGGAUCUCAGUCUUAUACAUGUGUGAUAUAAAUGGUGAUAUCCUGUAAUGUUAAUGUGUGCAAACAAUAAAGAAAUGAUGAAUGAAAGCUGGGGCUCUGCUCUUUGAUCACUUUCAUACUCAGCCAAGCUCAGUAUAAUACCUGAACUACAGUCUGCAUUAGUAUUUAUUCAUACAGAUGAUACAUAUUAAUGUAUCAUAAAUGCAUUAAUGAGACUGCCUGUUUGAGGCAGCGCUCCAUAUCGAUGUGCCUUCAGCUGUAAGCGGCAGGUUUCCCCGGUCUUAUAAACAGCACAUUUGCAUAAGGCUGGAAAGCUGAGGACGUCACCUGGAUGAGUGACGAGAACGUUUCUCCCACUGAAAACGUCCAGAUGAACAGAAACCUGCAACCUUUGCAGAUUUACUAUAAAUGCACAUUUAGACACUUUGUUAUGCACUAAGAUUUGCACGUGUUCAUUUUAAAGGCUUCGGUUCAUUGGUUCCUGUAUCUUACCCUAAUUAAAAAUCUAAUCUAAUUCGACUAAAUCCACUGAGCUAGAGCAAUGAAAAAAAAGCCGUUUUGGAACAUAGAAGACAUUUACACUUGGGCCAACACAAGAAAGAAAACCUGCUCGGCCUCUGUGCUGUCAGACUGAUCGGGUUAAAGCUGUUGAUAUUAUUCUAACUACAUGCAACAUUAAUAUUAAUGUCAUUGCAACAGUCAGGUCAUCAGAGCUCAAAUACAGGCAUGCAGCCUGGUGCCAGAUGUUUUUUACAGACGUCAUUUAGUGUACGGAUUUAGAUUUUGGUACAUGGUCAUUUGGAGCUUUUUACGUCCAAUCAAAUGUCCCCAUCUGGUGAUUUGAGCUCUCUGCUGAAGACUGAAUUUAAAGACACUUCUGACUCACUAAAGCCAACCAGUCCAUGUGUCACGGACACGCAGGACACUCCCACAGAAACUGUGAGCGUUCCUCAGCAGAGUUCCUGACCUGCUGCCCCCUGCUGUGACCCUGUGAGUCAUGCUUGGUUUAUUCCAGCUGCUUUACUCACUAACAUGACUCGUUUACUGGAUUUCUCAAUGGCACCACACUCAAACUGCUUCUGUUUUAAUAGCAAAUUUUAAAGAUGAUUUCAUGCCACUGAUUAUACUUUUCAACAUUUUGGGUAAUGUGGGACAAUUAUGAACAAAUGAUAAAUUACAUACAUAUACAGAUGUACACAUACGAGUCCUGCUAACAGAUGCUGGAGCGUCUGAAGCUGGGAAUCACUCAGGGUGUGAAGAUCGAUACUUCACCUCACAAGACGAUUUGUGGAAACCAUCUUUGUUUGGCUGUAUUUUCCUAACUAUACUCAAAGAAAACUCAGAGUACCAGUAACCAGUGAUGGCGUAAGAGGGACUGGUGUGUCUGAUUUACUGUGUUGCAUGUUAGAUAAAUAAGGACAUUGUGUCCUACGCAGCUGUGUUAUUUCUGCUGCUGAACAGCUUCAGUAAUGGACACAACAGUGGAUGUUCAUGUGCAAACAC